AGGACCAAAUGUCUAUGAGUAUGAUGUUUGUAAGUACGUCAAUCACAAGGUAUGAUUCUCGACGCCUAUCAACAGCACCAGUCUCAUGUUCGUCUCGAUCGAGUUGUAGGAUGCAUGCAGAAGAAGCGAAAAUAAAGUAGAAACACUCUGAGGAGGCCACGUUAUUUGUUGCCACGAUCUUUUUACUAAUAAAUACAUAGUAAUAUCAAGUCAAUCGCCUCGCGAUAGCUGAUCAAGAUGAGCUUGUUGCUUUCUGAUUGGUGAACAAGACACCGACUUAGAAAUCGUCUUUGCUGCUCCACCAGUUGUACUCUCUGCUGCGUCGUUCGUUCGUUCCACGACUGGCGAACAACAAUCUCCCCGCGGACGAGACCACGAAAAGGACAAGAACAUCAACAGGAGCCAACCGCUGCCCGCGCUCUGCUCCAUCCUGCUCAACUCCUCUUCCCCUAACUCUUUCGAUUUUUUCGCACCAGCAGCCAGAGCCGAACCCUCUAGUUGUACUGUCGGAACAAGAACGAAGGAGCUGCACAAGGUCGGUUAUUAACGGUAGCCAACCCCCGAAAGAGGAAGAGCGCCAGCCGCCACAUCAGCGACAGCGCCCCAAGCGAGCAGGAUCCCUAGAAGAAGUAAGUAUUCCAGGCGGAGGACUCACUUCUACGCCUACGCAAGCAGACCAAGAAAAAAUCAUGGCGACCGAAGCGCCACCGAAUGCCGCGCACAUGUCAGAGCGGCAGGAGUACCGGUUAUGAACUGCAAAAGUAUCGUACUAGUAUAAAUUGCAAUCAUGCAUUACAAAUCUUUUUCUCAAGGUAAAUCUGCAUCACAAAUUUUCUUUCUCAUGCUGAGAAAAUUUGUAAUGCAUUUAUACGAGUACGAUACUUUUGCAGUGCAUACCGAUGGAUGCUCUACAACGGUACACCGGCAGCGCGGGUAAAAGCACUGGAAACGCUCUUCAUCAAGUUUGACAUCAACGGUAUAAAGUUGCUUCUGCUUGUCUUUUUCAUGCGUAACUUCUGUGCAUGACAAAGGUCGUCUGUCAUGCGUGUGACCCGCAUGAUUUUUUUGAAGCAAACUUAUAGUUAUGCAAAAAGUUUACCACCUAUUUCUAUUUGUAUUUCCAGGUUCUGGCGAAAUCGACUACGAUGAAUUCAAGAAGAUUCUCUGGUCUUGCAUUACAAAUCUUGUUCCCAAGGCAGAUCAGCAUGACAAAUUUCAUUUCUCGUGCUGAGGAAAUUUGUAAUGCAAUUUCGGCCGCUCAGGGUGCAACUCAAUAGGGCCGUCCGUGGAAAAUGGCUAGCAGGGGGCGCGCUUCUAGAAGUUGUCUCUAGAAGCCCCACCCAGAAAGCUGCAUCGAAGACGCACUGAAGAAAACGACUGGCACUGCGGGGGCCGUCCUCGCGGGCGGAAAAUAGCACAACAGCGGAGCUCCUUUUGGCCCCAAUUUCUUUUCCUAUAGAUUGGAGGGCGCUCCAUAGUGGCUGAGUAGUACGUAGGGGAGGCCGUUCUACGAGUUUUUUUGUGGUAGCGGCCCCACCGGGCGGGCUUCUUUACUUUAGAAUGAAGGGGCCGGCGAAACGGCAGGGGGUGCGCUGCGGGUGGUAAUGUCUAGAAAUGAGACAGCGCACACGAGGGCAAUCAGGCCAAGGCCCGCGGCCGGGUGGGGGCGAGCUAGCAGCUGAGCUCGGGGAACGAAAGCGAGCGCGCCCUCUAAUGUGGGCCGCUUCUAGGGAAGGGCGCUACUAGCAAGCGCGGGCCCGGUUUGCCAUGCUAAAACCGCCCGCCGGGCUUCUAAUAGUGGCCGCGGCUGCGCUAGGUGCAGACUCCCAAUGGUAAGGCUCUUUCGACUAGCCUGCGUCCCCACACUCGCCAAGUUUUUUCCUUGGUGUUUACAUUUAGAUUUACUAGACGACCUAUCGCCGGCGUCCUGGACGCCGGCGUAGUAGUCUAGUAGUUAUACAAAAAGUUUACCACCUAUUUCCAGGUUCUGGCGAAAUCGACUACGAUGAAUUUAAGAAGUAUCCACAAAAAAUUUCCCGUACACGUACAAAUGCCGUUUCUGCAUGACAAAGCUUCCCUCUGAUCCUGUUUGGCAUGACAAGUUGUCUGCUCUAAGUAUAGUGAAAUUUGUGAUGCAUGUUGUACAUGUUGUACGGGAAAUUUGUAUUGCAUACGAAGAUUCUCUGGUGGCUCGAGUUUUCCCUCUCCGAUGAGGGUGUGCGAGAAAUCUUCGACGAGCUCGACGCGGAUCGGUCUAACUGUCUGGAUAUCACAUGCAAAUAUGUCUGGGUCUGGGAGAUAUCGAGCUUUGUCAUGCUAGUCUGGCAUGACUCCGAACUCUGUAUUGCGUGGCCGCGAAGGCUCCUCUUGGCUGUCAUGCAAAAACGCAGUUUCUCAUGCAGAGCGCGCAACUCAGAAGGGCCGAAAAAUUUGUCAUGCUUGGCAGCGCAUUUGCAUUACAAUGUGCUCACUAUUCCCUUCCGUGCAUCACAGGUUUCCAGACCCAGACAUGUUUGCAAUGCAUACUGGACAUGCGAGAAUUCGUGCGGUUUUUCGACGUGCUCGACCGGUAUCGACAAAUGCACGAGGCGGACGUGAAGGACCAGCAAGUCGGAUUAUGCAUUGCAAAAGUAUGAUCGUACUCGUACUAAUUGCAGACAUGCAUGACAGAUCGCCUUGGUAAGCUAAAACAGCAUUACAAAUUUCAUCUGUCAUGCUAAGGAAAUUUGUAAUGCAAUUUAAACGUAGUACGAUGCUUUUGCACUUCAUACGGGUUGGUCCGCAGCAAGAUCUGCCAGAUGUUUUUCGUCAUCAUCAUCCUGGCCACCGCGUUUUUCGCCUAUUCCUGGGUGGCGGCGUCCGCGCAGGGCCGGGACGCGAGCAAGUGGUUGACCAUGACGCUCGUCGGGGCCAGCAUGCUGUUCGUCGGGAUAUUCGUGCUGGCCGCGUACCCGAUUCUCAUGAUGAAAUACGAAAAGUACCAACAGGAGAGGGAACAGCGGAAUUUUGAACUCCAGCAAAUGAAAGCAAACAUGGCACACCACGAGACCAUGGACUCACCAAAGAGCGGGAAGGGAUCGGUAUGGAUAUUGAUGAAUGUGAUGUUGAGUAGCAUCACAAUUUUUUUGCAUCGCAUGACGGAGAAAUCUUGUCAUGCGACGCUAGCACGCGACCGAAAUCGCAUCUGGAAAGAGGCUCUGAUUGAUAUCCAGCAUGGCAAGUACAAAUCAAUAGCAUUUUCUGCAUCACAGACUUACACUUUUUACCCACGUUCAAAAUAAUACAGAAAUCACCCAUGGGAAUGGGUUCGACCUCGCGAUCAAGGCCACAACUCGACUCCGAUGGGUAUGGAGGGGUUCUCACACGUUACACUGACUGCUGUUACAUGAAUUUUCCAUGCGAAAUCAGUAGCACCCUCCACUUCCACACAAUGAAUCGUUUUUGUGCAUCACAAGUUCUUGACGCGCUUUAUAGCAUGGAAAGCAGUUCCAGAUUUGUAUGUGCAAGACGUGCAAACGCUAACGCCCCCCCUUUCCUUUUGUUGCUGUUGCACCACGAAUUCACGUAACAGCUAAGCAGUGUAACGCUUGUGAGCGCCAUAACGCGUUUGCGGACUUCGGAGACGAGCCUCGCUUCCAAUCGUCCACUAUGACACCCUAUGAACUGCAAAAGUAUCGUAUUCGUAUAAAUGCAUGACAAAUUCCCUCAGCAUGAGAAAUAGAAUUUGUAACGCGGAUUUACCUUGAGAAAAAAAUUUGUAAUGCAUGACUGCAAUACGAGUGCGAUACUUUUGCACAGGAUACACCCGGCGGCGGGCAGCAGAUGAUGAGCUCUUACCGGAUGAGCAGAAUGGACCAGAGUAUCAUACGAAAAAAGUGUUUCACUGUAAAAGAUUUUGCGAGUUUCGCAUUACAAGUUCGUUACAUGUGACAAGGAAAACUUGCCGUGAUGCGCGGUUGCAAAGGGAAAUAAACACAGCUAAAAAUCACUUGUCUUGCAUGUGUAGCAACACAAACACUUCUACGAUGCAUUGUCUGCAUUACAAGUUUACAGUGAAGCAGUUUUUUCUUGUGAUACAGAGCCAAAUGCAGUUGAUGGAUCAGUCCAUGCACAGUACGAUGGGAGCGAGUCAGAUAUCCUGUGCAAAAGUAUCGUACUCGUAUUGUAAUCAUGCAUUACAAAUCCUGUUCUUAAGGCAAAUUAGCAUUACAAAUUUUAUUUCUCAUGCUGAGGAAGUUUGUAAUGCAUUUAUACGAGUACGAUACUUUUGCAGUUCAUAUCAGACCAUGAGUCCCAACAACCAGAGUCAACAGCAUAAUAUGGGCGGCAGUCCGAAUAACCAGUCCAAAUACGCACUGCAGGACUUUUCGAAGCAUAUCGUACGAAAAAAGUGUUUCACGAUUGUAAGGAUUUUGCAAGUUUUGCAUCACAAGUUUGCUCUACAUCACCGAGAAAAUUUGCCAUGCGAGAUUCCUAAGGGAAAACACAGGUAAAACUCCAUUGGCUUGCAUGUGUAGCAAGACAAAUACUUCUCAGAUACAUUUUCUGCAUUACAAGUUUACAGUGAAGCAGUUUUUUCUUGCGAUAAAGCAGGCCUCGCAGAUAUUGUCCGAUGAAGAGUUGAUCGCCGAAUACCAAAACAAUGAGGAGAUCGAAGACUUCGCAUACCACCAGGGGAACUACGAUUUGGCAAAAAUCCAGCAGCACCAAAUAACACCCUCGACGUUUCACCCCAUGGCGACAAAGGGAUAUCGAGGUAUAAUUUUUGAAAUGCAAAAACGCAGUUUCUCAUGUAGUUGACGCAAGAGAUAGUCGCUCAGAAAGUACUUGUCAUGCGCAUCCCCAUGAUAUUGGAGGCUGCUUAUUAUUCGCAAACUUGCAUCACAAGUUUCCAGAGCCAGACCCAGACAUGUUUGCACUGCCUAGGUCUACUCGCUCAACAAUUUUUCUUCCACAGGUUCUUGGGUCCAGAAGAACAAUCCGAACCUGACCCUCCAAGGAAGCUCCGCGGCCACCACUUUCUGGUCGCGCAAAAGUGUUGGCCAAGUGCUCCAUGGCCAUCACUUUUGCCCAUCACUUUCCGGUCGGGCAACCGGGCAAGAGUGAUGGCCAAGAGCUUCCAGGCAGGCACUUUUUGCCACCUCUUUCGUUCCGGCCGGGCACGCUUUUCCUAUUCGGCUUCAAUCACUUUUCUCGCGCACGCUUUUGCCCCUCGGCUUCUGGUGCAUGGCAUGGGCGGGGGGGCGCGAGGCAAAACCGCGCAAACAAGCCCCCGGAAGCGUGAGGCCCAUCCCCAUCCAGGGGCGGGGGUUUUCUUUACGCCGGCCGCCGAAGCCGCCCCAGAAUAAGCUUCGCAACUGGCCUCCUUCGCUUUGCUUGCCGCGUGCGGCUAAAGGGCUGACGGCGGGCCGGCGUCCUGGACGCCGGACCGCAAAAGGCGUUAAAGCGGCGAGGCCGCUAGGGCAAGCGCAGGCGCGGCAACGCGGCUAUAGGGCUGACGGCGGGCCGGCGUCCUGGACGCCGGACCGCAAAAGGCGUUAAGGCGGCGAGGCCGGUAGGGCAAGCGCAGGCGCGGCAACGAUCUUCCUCGCGGCAGGCAGCGUUAUGCUUUUCAACCUUCUAGCCACAUCCUAUUCGACUCCACGCCAGACCUUCUAAACGCAUUCCCAUCUUUAGAAUUAUCUUUAAAUCUACUAGCCCAGCGGGCGUCCUGGACGCCCGCGUCAAGAGGCUAGUAGAUCUACUUGCUCGAGAACAAUUUUUCUCGGGUCCAGAAGAACAAUUUUUCCACAGGUUCUUGGGUCCAGAAGAACAAUCCGAACCUGAUAUUGCAGUGAAAAGUGCCCCCCACCCCUGAAAGUGCAAAAUUUGUGAUGCGAAGUUUCCAAAUGAAAACUUUCUGUCAUGCAUGGAAGGAGUAUGGAUCUUUCUGAUGCAGAGUCUAGGCGUAUAUCGCAUCGCUUGCAUGACAAGCGCCGCUCUUUCUGGGCCCUUUUGCAAUACAAAUUUUUGCUAUUCACGAUUGAAGACCUGUGAUGCUGAUAGAUGCAAGAGCGCGAAUGUUUCAUUUGGAAAGGUUUGCAAUACAAAUGCUUUUAAGUUCGGGGGUGGGGGCAUUUUUCAUUGUAAUACCUGACCCUCCAAGGAACGUCAGACUACGUUGGAAAAUCUAUCCAGAACACGAACCGAAUGAGCCAGCACGCGCAGAGGGAGGGUUUGACGAAGCAGAAAAUCGAAAACAUCAAACUCAACUCCACCAUCUCGAGCGGGUGGUACGGCGGCAGCUGCAGCCCCUACGAAAGCAGCCACAUGAUACCGCCCCAGGCCACGAAUAACCGGAUCGCGCCGACGGAGCCGGGUGGCCUGAUAGGGGGCACGGCGCCGAGGGGGCACGGACAGGGGGCUUUAAUGAAUACGGGGAUGUCCUCGAGUCCGAAGAAAAUCGGGACCCACGGAAACAGCCCUAAAUCACAACUGGCGCUGGGGAAUUAGGUAGUGGCGGAAUGAGGGUGAGGUACUACGGAACUACUUAUGAUGUUGUCCCGAAAAAUAUUAGAAACCAAUGAAUCUUAAAGUUAAACAAUGAAGAGGAAGCCGAAUGUUUAUUACAUUACACACAAUUUACGAAUUAUGUUACGAGCGUUGUUUCGCAAAAGUUCGCCGACAGAUCUGAUGACUGGUGACAGACUGUAGAAUUAUGUCCUAAUCUAAAAGUCGAAUGCAAGAAGACAAGGACAAACAAGUGCUCGACUAACUCCAACCCGGAAUAGGUCCACUGUGGUUCUUUGUCAGCACGCAAGAAGAGCUUUGAAGCAAUGCAGAGACAAUGAAUUUCUCCCAUGUAAAUUUGUUAAGAUUGUGCUACAUCUGUGACAACUGUCUGGUAUAUGAUGAUUUUCGAGGAACAAUUGUUACUUGUGCCAGCGAGAACAAAUAUUCUCACGCUAGUACAACUUCGGCUACAUGCCUAUCAUCUCCGUGCGUGAUCGGUGAUGGCAACCUGCAGGGUCUUGCUUGGCGAAGCGUUCUCUGCAUGCGCGGUUCAUCCACUUUAGAUAGACGUGUGGUUUUGAUGCGCGCCAAUCGUUGUCUCGCAAGAUGAUAGAAUCAAGAAUCAAGAGUCAUGAAGCCUCGAUUAAGUACAUGUCUUUAUCUGCUUCAUCGAUUUCGUCGUGUACGAAACACAAACAA